AUGGACAAGCUCCAAGCCAUCCACCUCCCCCCAUGGGCACCCGGCGCCGACCUUCUCCACCCCCUCUUCAGGUACACCACCGCCGCCCUCCCUGCUACCCUCCACGAGGCCCUCAGCCUCGUCGAAGCCGACAAGAAGACCCUCUGGGCAUUCGUCGCCAUGACCGCAUUCAACCCCAUCUUCUGGAACACUGUCGCGAGGAACGAGUACCGUAACAAGACCAUCACCAGGCUCGUCGGAUCGCCCUUGGUCGGCACAUAUAUCCUCGCCUUGACCAUCUUUUCCAUCUCUGCCUUUAGGGACCACCUCUUCCUGAACGCCGUCAAAGACCAGCCCGCCCUGGCCUUCCUCGGCCACCCCGUCCUCCAAGCCCUCGCCCUCGCCUUCUUCCUUUCUGGCCAAACCUUUGUCAUCAGCUCCAUGUGGGCUCUCGGCGUCACCGGUACUUACCUCGGCGAUUACUUUGGUAUCCUCAUGACCCACCGCGUCACCUCCUUCCCAUUCAACGUCCUCUCCGACCCCAUGUACGUCGGGUCCUUCUUGUCGCACCUGGGUACGGCUUUGUGGUUCCGAAGCCCUGUUGGGAUCGCGCUGGGUUUCUGGGUGUGGGUGGUUUAUGCUGUUGCGCUCAAGUUUGAAGGGCCUUUUACGGACAACAUCUACGCUGCCCAAAACAAGCGCAACACCUCAUCCCCUUCCCCAACCUCUUCAACAUUCCCCACAACACCCUCCCGCCGUUCCGGCCGUAUCGCCGCCGCCUCCAAAUCCUCCGCACCCAACUCUGAUGCCGAUAGCGAUAACGACCGUGCUUCCACCACUGCGACGGCGACCCCGGGUAGGAGAGUGUCGAGGAGGAAGUCGGGGUUAAAGUCGGAGAUUGGGGCUACGCCGGCUAGGGUGACGAGGAGUAGGAGUCGGGGGGCUAUUACGAGUGGGGAGGAAUAA